UCUCAAUCCAUCGCACCGCCUCUCUUAAGACGACGUUUGCCCUCCAUACAGACACGUCUGAGUCUUCUUUUCGUGUUUCUGCUUCCUCAACACCGGAAAUUACUCAAGCUCCGAUCAAACAAAAAGUGGCCAGAGGCAAAGUUUUCACCUGCAUGCCAGGCCUCGUCGACUUUGGAGAUCUUUAUGCAGGCUACGUGUACAGGUCGAGGUUGACAGUUGUCAACACGGGAGUUGAUUUCUCUCGCUUCCGCAUUCGCCAGCCAAGCAGCUCGAAUGUGUCCGUCCUCUACUCACCCUGUCAGAUCGCCGCGGGCAUGAGCGUGAGCAUCGAGGUUGAGGUGCAGGCGACACAGCUGGGCUCUUUUCAAGACAAAUUCUUGGUCCUCUCUGAGCUCGACCAAUUUCCUAUUCCCAUCAUUGCCAACGUGAUCCCCAAUGAGUUGGAUGCGGAGGAGGAGCGACUUCAAGUUCGGACGUCAGAUGGGGUGGAGGCAGUACAGCGCUUGACGAGGAGUGUGAGUCUGAAACAGGAGCAGAGCAGAGGAGGAGGACGAAGAGGUUGUAAACUUGCUCUGAGGUACCGUGCUAAUCCAUCCUCAAGAUUCGUCCCCCUUGGUCAAGGGAAGCAAGACGGGUCCUUCGGCCUUGGAGUUGCAGGAGGUGGGUAGGAAGCAGCGACUGCAGGCGACGGAGAUGGCGGGGGAAAGAGGUGAAGAUACGUCAAUUAAAACUAGUUGAUUCUUUCCG